AUGGUGGUGCAUAAUGGUGAAAAUGGUGGUGAUAAGAUUCCUGUUAAGAAUGGACAACUUCACUAUUUUGAGUACAGUGAGAAUCAUGAUCAGUCAACAACACCCAUUCACAUAAUCACAAAGAUUCAGUUUCCCGUUCCGUUUUGGGUAACAAGAGAGUAUGUGUUACUUCCAGUUAUUAAGAGAGAUUCUAAUAUUGAUCAGCAUACUACUUGGACGAGCGGAUUUGGUUACAGUUUGUUGACAAAUGAAUACAAAGUUGUAGGAAUAUAUAUGUACAAGACCAAUUACGUAGAAGUCUACAUUUACACUCUAGGGAGUGGCCGUGGAUGGAGAAACCUAGGGAAGUUCAAUUCUCAAUUCAGCACACUGACAGGGAGACAAGGUAUCUUUGUCCGUGGAUCUAUUUACUGGAUGGGAACAAACUUAGAAAUUAUCUUGACCUUUGAUUUGGUGGAGGAAAAGUUUGGUGAACAUCUUUCACCACCUCCUUUGACAGCAGAAAAUGUUUGGUGUAUUAAAACAAUCGGGAUUUUGGAUGGGUUUUUGUUUUUCGCUAAUGGUCUAUUUACUGAAGGAGACUAUUCUAAUGAAAUAUGGAUACUGAAGAAGAAAAAUGAUAAUGAUGACAUGCAAGAGCGAGGGGAACGCCGGUCAUUGGGUUGGAGUAAAGAGUUUAGAUUUGAUGAAAGAGGCAAAUUAUUAGCCUUUACGAGGAGUGGCGGUGUUUUAACUCACAUUGAUAACUAUCUCGUCAUUUAUGACCCAAUAGCUUCAUCCUCGAAAAUCCUUGUGGAUUAUACGGAGCUAUUUUGUCAAGCAGUCCCUCACAAGAACACCCUAGUUUCUUUUCAAGAGUUAGGUGAAGAAGAUGCGAGGAUAAUGGAAUCAGCCGAUUCAGAAGACGGAGAACCAUGA